AGCGAAAGUCCCUUCUGUGUGGCCACGCCCAGCUUGGUAGCGCCGCUGCCUUAGGGCGGGACUUCCUCUCCCGGCCCCGCUGCUUCCGACGCCGCCCGGAAGUCGAGAGCUGGUGCCUUCAGUACCGGCCCCCUUUGCUGCCCUUUCCUGGCGCGGGUUCCCUGGGUUGCGGUCGUCAUUCCCUGCAGAGACCACGUCGGUGGUCUGCCGCCCGUAGUUUCAUCUCCUAUACAGGUGUCCGCCCUGUUUUCCCGUUGGGUUCAUCUGUUCGGUUCCGGACCACGUUCUCCCCAUGGCGGGAGCCGCUCCGGCCACGGCCUUCGGGCAGGCUGUGAUCGGCCCGCCGGGCUCAGGAAAGACCACGUACUGCCUGGGCAUGAGUGAGUUCCUGCGCGCGCUGGGCCGGCGCGUGGCGGUGGUGAACUUGGACCCGGCCAACGAAGGGCUGCCAUACGAGUGCGCUGUGGACGUGGGCGAGCUAGUGGGACUGGGUGAUGUGAUGGAUGCGCUGAGGCUGGGACCCAACGGCGGCCUGCUUUACUGCAUGGAGUACCUGGAAGCCAACCUGGACUGGCUGCGGGCCAAGCUGGACCCACUCCGCGGCCACUACUUCCUCUUCGAUUGCCCAGGCCAGGUGGAGCUGUGCACGCACCACGGCGCCCUUCGCAGCAUAUUCUCGCAGAUGGCUCAGUGGGAUCUCAGGCUGACUGCUGUCCAUCUUGUGGAUUCUCAUUACUGCACAGACCCAGCCAAGUUCAUCUCAGUAUUAUGUACCUCUCUGGCCACCAUGUUGCAUGUGGAGCUGCCACACGUCAACCUCCUCUCCAAGAUGGACCUCAUUGAGCAUUAUGGGAAACUGGCCUUCAACCUGGACUACUACACAGAGGUCCUUGACCUCUCCUAUCUGCUUGACCACCUGGCUUCUGACCCUUUCUUCCGCCACUACCGCCAGCUCAACGAGAAACUGGUGCAGCUCAUUGAAGACUACAGCCUGGUCUCCUUUAUCCCUCUGAACAUACAGGACAAGGACAGCAUCCAGCGAGUCCUACAGGCUGUGGAUAAGGCCAACGGCUACUGUUUUGGGGUACAAGAGCAGCGAAGCUUGGAGGCCAUGAUGUCUGCCGCAGUGGGAGCUGACUUCCAUUUCUCCUCCACGCUGGGCCUCCAAGAGAAGUACCUGGCACCCUCGGACCAGUCAGUGGAACAAGAAGCCAUGCAGCUAUAGCAACAAGCUGGGCCCUGAUGCACAACCCAGCACUGGGGAAAGUGGAGGCUCCUUAUAAGCAGCAGACAGCUCACAGGCUGCAGACCCAAGAGCAGGUCCUCCAGCUGGCAAAGGACUUCUGGACAAAAAGCCAGGCAUGACAAAGAGCAGAGCACCUACAGUGCCCUCAGUGAUGCCCUGGGCUCUGGGCCCUGCUGCACCAGAAGUACCACCAGCAGGCUGAACACUGGCUUUCCUUGGGUUUUGAUGAAAUGCACAUAAUAGAGUUUAUUUUCUACUUUUUGUGGCUUUAAACUUUUCUUCAAUCCUUCAGGCCCAGGGAAUUGGGGCAGAACAAGAGACCCUCCAGAGGGUCAUGUUUCUUCAUACAGGUCAGUGUUUCCCCAUAGUGCAGACUCUGCUGUACGAGAGGAUUGACUCCUACUCUCCAGUCAUGUGCUUUUGUCACUCUUCAGUUUUAACAGUGAACUUCACACUCAGACCUUCACAGGUGACAUUUCCUAGCUAAACCUUAUUUAAUAUUUUAUUUUCGUUGUAUUUAUUUCAUGAUUUUGCUCUAUUUUUGGCAAGUGUUAGCUUGUCAAAAGUUUGAAAGAUUGUUUGCUUCAGAUAUGAAAAAUGUAUGCAAAGUGAGUUGUUUAAAUAAAAAUAUUAGCCAGGCA